AUGCGUGCUUUUACCUUGCUCGUCUCUUUGGGCCUUAUCAGCUCUGUCCUCGCUGCCCCAGCCCCCCAGCCCGGCCUCUCCCCUCUCUUCUCCAAAGACCCUCUCUCCCUCCACCGCCGUUCAGUAGCUCCUGACGCCGAGGCCGACUCUGCCAUCCUCGCAUACGACCCCGACGCCGCCUCCUCCGACGACACCCUCUCCUCCCCUUCCUCCUCCAACUCCGAAUCUGACAUUCCCAUUGUUGCCACCGAGCCUGAAAUGUAUGAAGUCGAAGAAGCGCCGGCGGAGGAUGCUUGUGCGGACGUAUGUGGUGUGACGAGAGUGGAGGGGGCGAGGAGUGAGAAGGAGGCGCUUUGUAGCGGACCGGGAUUGAGGGCCACUUACACGUGUGCCCAGUGUAUUGAUCAGACAUGGGCCGACAAUGUAUGGGAAGACUCGGCCAUGGCCGAGUAUGAGAAGAUUGCUUCUGCGUGCGACAACUCUCUCCAGCAGUGA